GUCUCUGCCUUGUCUCUUUACACAUACACAAGUCGUUUCGACUCCACACUCGUUAAGAAUGUCUAUCAAGACGCUUUCCAGCGCGUUUGCCCUCGCGGCUCUACUUUCUUCGGCCACGGCCCACACGACUCUUCAGCGUCGUACCCAGACUCCUCUCCCACCAUGCUCUUACCCUUUCACCAGCUUUUUGUCUUCCGGAUGCUACGUCGACUCUGUCAGCAACCGUACUCUUCCAUUCAUGGCUCCUAUUGAGUUCAACAACGCUACCAUUGAGAUCUGCACGGCCGCUUGCAAGGGCAAUGGUUACCGUUAUGCUGGUCUGGAGUACUACGGCCAGUGCUUCUGCGGUUCCAGCGUCAUCGGCACUGCUGCUCCGGAAACUGACUGCAACUUCCCUUGCAACGGCAACCCUGGUGAGAUCUGUGGUGGCCAGGACAGACUAUCCAUCUACCAGGACCCUACCUUCCCUGAGGCUGAUAACAUUGCCGUGUCUACCGACUACAUGUCCCUUGGCUGCUACACUGAGGCUUCCACCGGCCGUGCUCUAGCCUACUCCCAGAUCAACGAGGGCGCCAACCUCGAUGGCACCAAUAUGACCACCCAGCUCUGCCUCAACGCCUGUGGCGCCGUCGGCUUCCCCUUUGCCGGCACCGAGUUCGGUGGCGAGUGCUACUGCGGUGUCGUGCUCGCAAACGGAACCGUCCCUGCCCCCACCUCUGACUGCGACAAGCCCUGCAACGGUGACUCCACCCAGACCUGUGGUGGUUCUCUGCGGCUGAACCUAUACGUGGCUACCGACUUGGAGUCUGCCGAGCCUUGCGAAGCCCCAGCAGUCUCGUCUUCCAGUGCUGCUGCCUCCACCACCAUUUCCUCCACCUCCACCGUCUCCUCCACCUCCACCGUCUCCUCCACCUCCACCGUCUCCUCCACCUCCACCGUCUCCUCCACCUCAUCGGUGUAUAGCUCUUCGACCCUGUCUACCCAGACUACGUCGUGCCCCAUCCCGACUAACACCUACGUUCCUCCUUCGCCACCCAGCACCAAGACCACCACCACCGGCGCCACCGCUGCCCCGACUGCCUCCUGCCUCUGCGCCACGCCCACCGCCUGGGCCGGCAAGAAUGCCGUCGGCAGCUACCAGCUCCCUUGCGUCGGCUGCAAUGACAACGCGUCGCAGCGCCAGAGCUACCCAUGGAAGCUGUUCAACGACAAGACUUUCAGCCGCUGCCCCAGCUACGGCAAGGGCAAGCAGGUCAACGCGUGCCAGGACGCCUGCGCGACGCAGUACAACUGGUGCCUGAGCUACGCUAACUCUUGCAAGAACAACCGCCGCGCGCCCGAGAGCUUUACUUCCGCUAACGGCAAGUGCCGCCAGCAGUAUGCGGACUGCUACAAGGCGAACAACAAUGUCAAGGAUGAUGGACGCUGCACGGUUACGAGCUCCCCGAAGCCGGCGCCGGCGCAGAGUGAUCAGUGGUUCAACUGGUGCUCUAGCUGGUUGAAUCAGUGGUUCUAGAUGCCCUCGCCAGCAUUCAUACAUUGGAUCUGAAAUGAUCAUAGUGUGCGAUAUUGCGGGUGGUUGUUUGGAUGGUGGAUGGUGUUGGGGAUGGAAAGGAAUACGGUAGUGAUGCAUGGGCGGUAUAGGUUGGGGGGGUUUGCAAAAAACAUAUUGAAAGUGUCUAAUGCCUAAUCUUUGAUUCUCUUGCUGCAUAGGAGGGGAAUUGCAC